UUUUGUAACUCAUUCAGCAUGUGUGUUACAAAACUGAGGCUCUUCCGUAUACAAAUCUGCAGCCUAACGGAUCUGGAGAGGGCUUCAGGCUCGGUUUGUAAGAGUAUGUUUAUUCUUUAGACAUCAAGCAACAUUUAGUUCUAAUCGAUGAGUCUAUGAGAUGCAUGUUUAUGGUUUUGGGUCCCAGUUUAAUUUUAGAGUAAUAUACCGGAGCACACAUCGUUGCUCCAAUGUUCACAUUCAUUUGAAGUUUUUCAAUGCAGUACACUGAAGCUAAGGUUCGCGGGAAUGGCUCAAAAUUGCAUUCAUUGGUUUCGCAAGGGACUCAGGUUGCAUGAUAACCCAGCACUGGUGGCUGCUCUGAGAGACUGUAAGGAGCUAUAUCCGGUAUUCAUCUUGGAUCCUUACCACCAUGACACCCAUGUGGGCAUCAACCGCUGGAGGUUCCUCAUCGGGGCACUCACAGACCUGGACCACAGCCUGCGCAAACUCAACUCAAGGCUGUUUGUCGUUCGGGGGAAGCCAGAAGAUGUGUUUCCCAAACUCUUUAACAAGUGGAACAUAACAAAGCUGACCUACGAGUACGACACGGAGCCCAGCAGUCUGACCCGUGACAAAAAAGUGACCUCGUUGGCCAAAGAACACGGAGUCGAUGUCAUCUACAAGAUCUCACACACCCUUUAUGAUAUAGACCGGGUGAUCGAGGAAAACAAUGGGAAGCCUCCUCUCACUUAUGUACGUUUUCAAGCAGUAGUUAAGAUGCUCGGCGCACCUAAGAAGCCCAUCCCUGCUCCAACCAUGGAAGACAUGAAAGAUGUGAGGACACCUUGUUCAGAGAAACAUGAGAAGAAAUAUGGCAUUCCUACACUAGAGGAACUUGGCUGUGUCACCUCAUCCCUUGGAGAGGAGCUGUUUCCAGGGGGCGAGUGUGAGGCUCUCAGGAGACUAGAUGAACACAUGAAAAGAAAGGCAUGGGUGUGUAGCUUUGAGAAACCGCAGACAUCACCAAACUCUUUGAGCCCCAGCACCACAGUUCUCAGUCCAUAUAUCACCUUUGGUUGCCUGUCAGUAAGAACCUUCUGGUGGAGGCUCACUGAGGUCUAUAAGGGGAGCAAGCACUCAGAUCCUCCAGUUUCUCUUCAUGGUCAGUUGCUCUGGAGAGAAUUCUUCUACACUGCCAGUGUGGGCAUCCCUAAUUUUAACAAGAUGGAGGGAAACCCUGUGUGCACUCAGAUAGACUGGGACAAAAACUCUGAGUAUCUAACUGCAUGGAAAGAGGCCCGCACCGGUUUCCCCUUCAUUGAUGCCAUCAUGACCCAGCUAAGACAGGACGGCUGGAUCCACCAUCUGGCAAGACACGCUGUUGCUUGUUUCCUCACCAGAGGAGACCUGUGGAUCAGCUGGGAAGAAGGCCAGAGGGUCUUUGAGGAGCUCUUACUGGAUGGUGACUGGGCUCUUAAUGCUGGAAACUGGCAGUGGCUCUCAGCAAGCACCUUCUUUCACCAGUAUUUCAGGGUUUACUCUCCUAUCGCUUUUGGUAAAAAGACAGACAAAAAUGGAGAUUACAUCAAAAAGUACCUUCCUAUUUUGAAGAAGUUUCCAGCUCAGUACAUUUAUGAGCCUUGGAAAGCUCCGCGCAGUGUCCAGCAGGCAGCAGGAUGCAUUGUGGGUAAAGACUACCCGUGUCCGAUUGUAGAGCACGAGGUGAUCAGCAAGAAAAAUGUUCAAAGGAUGAAAGAGUCUUAUGCAAAGAGAUCCUCAGACGGCACAGAGUCACCAAAGAAAAAGCAAGGUGCAAAGCGCCAGGCUCCAACCGUCAUUGAAAUGCUUCAGAAGAAAGCAAAACGGACAAAACUCGUGCGCAAUUCCUCUGUAUGAUGUAUUGGUUGAACAGUGGCUACAUCACCCUCUCCUGUUCUGGGAGGACAUUUUCUGGCCCGUGUCCACCCAACUGUCCCAUAGCGGAAGGUAGUACUUCAGUCAGAAAGUGACUCUAGAGAUCAGGUAGCGUAAUUGCAUGCAGGUGUAAGUAUCAGAAUGCUUAUGUAUUCACUUUCUGUCCCUUUCUGUAUUCAAUACAUUUAAAUGAAUCUUUUAUCCACCGCAUUCCCCAUCUCCACCAGUCAAAAGCUCUUAGGUCUUAUCUCACUUGGCUAGUGGUACACUUUAUGCUUCAGCAAUGACACCAAGCUGGUUUUGAUUUAAAUUUCUAAAGCAGAUACCUGAACAAUAAUUACUUUAACCUCACUGGGUUGUCGAUGCGAUGAAUGUCUAUUCAGCGCAGAUUUAAAUAGGACAUCAAAAUUGCCAUUUUCAAAGUAAGGGCAAAAACACCAAUAUCUGUGGAGGUUGGUCUAAUUUUGCUUUAGCCAAUUUUGCACAUAUGUCUUGUAAAAUUAAAAAGUUCAUGCUGGUUUAUGUAAGGUUUUUUGGUAUGUUUUCAGGGUUGGGCUGAAUACUGUAGAUUACAUUAUGGGAAUACUACAAACCACUCUGAAAAUUGAAGAUACAAAAUCUUAAAUGCUAAAUCCAUCGAAAAUACUGGUUAUAAUUAAUAAUUGAAUACUUAUUGAGUAGGUGAGUAUAUCAAGAGGAAUGAAAAGCUGAAGAACAUUCAAUUUGUGCUGUAGUUUGUGCAAUAUAUGGCAAUAACCCUAACCCGAACAGCUCACGAAAACCUAGACCUGAAACUUUCAGUUGAUGGAUCUAAGAUACAGCUACUGUCUUUUUAUCAUGUAUUUUUAUUCUAAUCUCUGUCUUUUUUUAUUCAAGCUCGGGUAUUUGUAUCCUGUUCAAAUAAAAAGUGUUGAAAUAACUACGUGCAGUUGUAUUUAC